AAGAAUCAAAGCAACACUCAAUGUAUGUUUUGAUGAGUGAAUAAUUUUACAACAUGAUAGAAAGUUUUAAAAAAGAAAAGUCGGUUUUACAGGACACUGCCUCUUUAAGUCGUGUAAUCAUUGUGUGAAAAAUUUCCACAUUGUGGCUACAACUUCCCCAGAUAGUAUUUCACAAGUAUGCGUCUAAUCAUUUUUAACAUUUUUAAUUUGGAUUAAUCAUAACGUUUUUCAAACUGUUCUAUUUUCCCCCUCACAUUUUUACGUUUUCAGUUUCAAUUCACUAAUUAUAAUAAUUAGAACACGUCUUUUGUUACUUCCUCUCAUUCAUGUUAUUCCAGUGUUUUUUUGACUGCCUACCUGCAGUCUACAGGCUUCUCUACAUUUUGUCUUGAUAAAUGAUAUAAUUUCUUUGUAUUUCCUCAGGAUAUAUUUGUCUAAAGCAAAGCAGCAGUAGUGGUAGGAAGUUGCAGCUAUUAUAUUCUCCUUUCAUUCUCCACGGAUCUACUUGCCUGAGCACUCUCUGUUGCUUCUGCAAUUCUAAGAACCCUAAUGUCAAUCCUCUGUGGGCCAAACCUGGGGAAGGACUGAAACAAAAGCAGGCUUCUCAGAGCUUUUACAGUUUCUCAGAAACCAGACCCGCCUAAGCAAACAUCAUGUACCUGCAGUACAGGUGGUGACUCAUGUUUCACCUUUGGAGGUGGUGAUGCUGGAUGCAUGUUACUAUCAUCAUUGUCAUAAACAUAUUACAGUAGUUUUGUUGCAAUAAAGCUGCAAAUGUAAAACAAUUUAAACUUUACUACUGUAAGGUUACAAUAAUAAGAUUAGUACUUCCUGCUAUAAAAACUUUGAAAAGAGGACAUUAUUAACAGUUUAUUAGCCACUUACAGCUGAUCUAAAGCUUUUUUAAAGCUCACUUUGGUGCCAAAAUUUGGGUGAAAUUACCAACUUGAACUUGAGCGGACUUUAGGUAAAGGCUAUGCUAAUGCUAAAUUUAGCUAACAUCUGACUAAAGCUAAGCUAAUCUUUAUGUAAAAUGUUUUUGCUGUUUUUGUUUUGCUACAUAAAUAUUACUGUAUAUAUUUACUGUUUAUGGUUAAAAUGACUGAAACUCACUGGGUUUAAUUGAAACAAAGCUUAGCCUGAUCUGCAUGUAAUUAGUUCAACCUGUUUCAUGUGUAGCACAAAAACCUUUUAGCUUCAAAAUUUGCUUAAAAUGAGUUUGCUGAAAUUUGGUGAAAGCUAACCUAAGGCUACAUUUAGCUAAAGUUGUGACUUAAGCUAGGCUAAAUGUUAAACUUUAUAGAAAAUAUCUUUGUUUCCUGUUUUGUUUUGCUAUACUGUUCCUCUACUGUAUAUUCUUACUGUGUACAGUUAAAAUAAUAAAGCUAAGCUAAAGUUAAAGCUAGACUGAAAUUAAUGAAAGGUUUAGCUUGACCUGCCUGUUUUAGUAUUAUUUUGUACAAUACACUAAUUUUUGGAAGAUCUUUGUUACCAAAAUCUGGUUAAAAUGACAAAUUCAAGCUUGAGCUGAAAUACUUUUUCAUAAUAGUUUCCUCUGAAUCCGUCUAGCUGUGACAGAAAAUAUGGCCCUGCCAGGUUGGACUUGGCUGUUUCUGCUGUGACUGAAAAUAAAACUAGAAAGCUGUAAUAUUUCCAUAAAAAUGUGUUUUCUCUUAGAAGAGGGAAGAUUAUGGAGACGAUUAUAGGCUUUGAAAUGGAUCAACUGCAGGUAGGUUUCAGAAAUGUGAGGCAGAAUAUAGAAACAAGCACAUAAUUCAGUCAAAAUGAACAUGUAGGCGUGUAUUUACUGCGGUUACACCUUGGAUAAAAUAUAACCAAGAAAGUCAAACAUUAGGCUACAAAGGGAAAUAGAAUAAAAAAACCUUCCCAAAACCAGAACCGACUUGAAGAAAAAAAAAGGGAAACUAAAGCUUCUGCAGUAAAAUUUGUAUAGAUUACACUGGUUACACAUUACACCUGUUGCCAGUACAUUUUAUUAUUCAUUUUGAAAUCCUUUUAUUUGUCUUUAAAGCUCUUAAUAGCCUCGCCCCUCCCUUUCUGUCUGAGCUGUUACAUUCGUACACACCGUCCCGUUCCCUCAGGUCAGCUGAUCAGCUGCUUCUGAAGGCGCCAAAGACAAAGUGCAGCUCAGAGGGAACCGGGCUUUUCUGUGGCAGCUCCCAAGCUAUGCAAUAAUUUCCCUCCUGGGUUGAAUAAAGUAAUUCUAUUCAAAAAGAAAGUUGCUAUGGUAUGAUACACCAAAGCCACAGAUGCUAUCAGACAAACUGAAGCAGCAGGUCAGAGACUUGCGUCUGCUGCACGGCUCCUGCAGCAGAGCCAGCAGACUCUGCCCUCCCAUCAGGGCUGCAGUCCAAAGGCUGAACCUUAUCGUGUUGGAGGCCUUGAUAAAAAUCAUAAAUCUUCAAAACUCCAGUUUGUGUUUUUCUUUUCAUCAAAUGCCUUACAGUUCUGGACCUGUUCAGGGUAAAACCGGCUCCUCCGAGUCAGACGAAACCCAAACAUCUGAGGACUCGGAUGUCAUUAGCGCCGGCAUCAACACAUACAAUUUUAAAUGUUAUUCUCAGCAUGACACACUGCUUACAAACGCAAGUUAUUGUAAAAUGACAAAAAAAGGAACAGGAACUUCCUCAAAUUUCAACAUUGUUCUUUGACUUUUACAAAUUCUUACAAAACCGACUGCAGAAAUGAUGAAAAGGUGCAAAAAACAUGACUGUACUGUACAAACUGAAUGACUUUACAGAACUUGUGGUGAAGACACUUCCCAAGACAAAACAGGAACGUUUGUAUUAAAAUACACAUUUGCAUUAAUUUAAAAAAGAAUAUUUCUGGGGAUUUACAGACAAUGAGUCUGACAAAUCAGCAGCAAAACCAUCAUGUCUUGCUCUACCCGCCACAAACGGCAGAGCAACACGCCUGGCACAAAGGAGCGCCGCCUCAUAUAUGGGAGGUGUUACUAGGGGCUCCUGAGUAUUUCAGAGGAGGUGGAGCAAACAAAGGUGCGGCUGCAGACCUGUAGGUUUGACCAGAGACCUGUUACCUGAAGAGCAGAGCUACAGGGAAAGUAUCUUUGACAUUUCUCCUUUUUCUCUUGGCUUAUCAAACCUCUGGUGCCUCAUAAUGAGCAGGUGAGCCUCACACAUGGGUGAAACAGAAUGCAGAAGCAGAGGCAUACAUUUUUUAACGGAGCAACACUUCCCUCUGCAAAUGGACUCAAACUGACACCCAAAUUAAAAGUCUGGGCAGCGCAUCGGAGCGCUGCUCGGCUACGGCUGGACAAAGCCAGAAAAUGGAGAAUGGCGUCAGACCAGCAGAAAACAGGAGAUGUUUUGGCUUCUCACGGCGCCACAGCCUUUUCUUACUUCUGGUUCUCGCAGUUGUGCUUUUUGUCUACUGCACCAACAUCCGGGACAAGGGGCACGAGUGGAACCCCAAAGAGUGGAUGAACAGUCAUUCAAUGAAACUACUCACUGUGUUCACAAAACAAAGCACCGUCUCCAAAAACACAGGAUUUACAGAUGCAAACACCACUGCUGAACUUCCUGAAACUACGAGUGUCGCCACAACGCAGGAGCCAGCGACUCAACGGCAGAGGACAGUUUCAUCACGGGUCACCAAGAAGACGCUAGAAACCCAGACUGCCCAACGGACAGCGGCUCCUUAUGUGUCUCCUGGACCGUACUUGGUGGAGUACCCCUAUGAGUACCACUUUACUAUCAAUGAGGAACUGAAAUGUAAGCAGGAGAAGCCGUUUGUGGUUCUGAUCGUACAAGUGGCGCCACGCAACCGAGCUCAUCGCGACAUCAUCCGUAACAGCUGGGGAAGCGAGAAGCUGGCUAACAACCAAGUGGUGGCGCUGUUCUUCCUGCUGGGGAUGCAGACUGGAGACGAUGCAGAGCAGGUCCACCGGCAGCUGCUGCAGGAGAGCAAAGAGCAUCAGGACCUGAUCCAGGGAGACUUUGUGGACUGCUACAAGAACCUGACCAUAAAGACCAUGGUGAUGCUGGAGUGGCUGAACUCCUACUGCUCCAGCGCCGCUUACGCCAUGAAAAUCGAUUCUGACAUGUUUCUAAAUGUUCCCAAUCUGGUCAACUUGCUCCUCAAAGCUCCAAGGACAAACUACAUGACCGGCCUGGUGGCACAUGGAGCAGCUGUCUUGAGGGAUCCCAAGUCCAAAUGGUACUUACCUCGUGAAAUUUUGAGCGAAGAUGUUUACCCUUUCUAUGCUUUGGGUCUGGGCUACAUUUUGUCUUUGGAUCUCACCAAAAAGCUCAUUGAGGCUUCCAGACACAUUAAACCUCUUUACAUUGAAGAUGUAUAUUUGGGCUUAUGUAUGAGACACCUGGGUAUCCGUCCAACAGAACCUCCGAGUUACUCCUUCCACGUUUUUCCUGUGAGAUACAGUCGCUGUGAAUACUCCAAGAUUAUCGCAACCACAACUCUUCAAAAUAUGGACCGUGUUUGGAUUUGGAGAGACUUUAAGAAACCGGGUCGGUACUGUUGAUCGGUAAAAAAGGUAGCAAAUUAAAACAAAGGAACACUUUGUGUUUACAUGUUAUAUUAGAAAACGUAUUUGUGUCAAAAAUGUAAUUCAGGAUGAGGUUUUCCUGCCUAAAAUAAACCGUUUUCACAAACAGUUUAAUCAAGUAAAUAUUUGAUGAAAUGUUUACUUUAGUAUUUAGUUUGAUUAUAAGAUCUGAUAUAAUUUGUUAAAAAAAAAGAUGUAAUUAGACAAAAAACCAGGCACACAUUCUGAUAUAUACAAGUAUUGCAAAAUACUGGAUUUAUGCAGAAAAUUGACAUUUUUCAACAUCUUAUUUUUCUUAAUAUUUUUUAUAAACAUAAAGUUUUUGUAUCUAAUAAUGACAGGAGGUAAUAUUUAUGUUUAAGCGUUGCAAAGUGACGAUAUGUUAACUGCAAAGGGCAAGUCAGGAUCAGCAGAUAGAAAAUGACAGAACAACAAAGCGGGGGUUUCCAGAGAAAUACCGAAUCACCUGGGUUGGUUCUGGUUCUGCCAGACUCUUCUUUUAACCUGUCUGAGUAUCAUCACUGAAAAAUCGACACAAACCUUUUUAAUUUCAAUUCAGUUUUGUUUGGGGUUUUUUUUGCUUUGUCUACAAAUUAAUUUACAGGAUCAUGGUUGUAAUUUUUGUUUGCCAGGCAGUGAUAAACAUCCUGGGGAAACUUUAAUAAAAACAGCCACAUUUUUUAAAACACCUGGCAGACUGGAAGGAAUUAAUUUAGAACAUUUUUAAUUAUAAAAGACACGCUGGUGAUGUAAUGUGCCAAAAUAUGUGUAGGUUUUGGAAUAUAUUUUUAAAUAUUGUGGGUAUUUCUUGUGAAAGUCAGCCGUUUUUCAGCUCAGGUUUGAUUCCAGCUGCACGUUUAUUAAUGUGAAUUUAGGCACAAAAACAAUUUGCACCUACUGCAAUGUUGACUAGGAAAUAUUUUAUAUAUUGAGAUGUUUUAUAGUUUAAUGUUUUCAUCCACUUGUUUUAUUUAGUUUCUGUUGGUAAAAUUAAAACAUGAUAUAAGAAAAGAGUUGAAUUUCUUGCAGGUUUUUGUUUUAAAAGAAGCUCAGGUAACCUUUAGGUUUAUAUCAAAAUGUGAUGGAAAAUAGUUUAUCUUAAUUUUCUUUUGCUUUUUCCUCCCUAAUAAGCAUUGCAUUUGGUUUUGUUUGGGAUCUUUUAGUCUUUACAUUUAAUUUACAACGGUGGAAGUCAAAGACCAGUGAAAAACUUGUGUGAAUAAAGAUUAUCUUUAUUCACAAGAACCUCAGUCUCUGCGUUUUCCUGAGUCUCUGAAAAUGAGUUUUGGUUUGAAUAAAAAAUCCAGAAGCAGUUGUGUUUAAUUUGUAGUUUUUAUGGUUUUAGAUAACUAAACUUGAGAUUCCAUGUUAGAUUCCUGGAAACUUUAAACAGGGUUUGGAAACUAAAUCUGCAUAUUUUUGGUCUAAAUAUGUUAUUAUGGCUAAUUUCUGUUAGCAGAGAAUUUAAAAAAUCAUGUCGGCAGGUUUUCUAAAUUAUAAAAUUAUAAACCUUCUGAAAUCCUUUAAUUCUGUUUCUACUUUUAAUUUUGGAAUUUCAUCCAAAGUCGACCCAAAGAACAGAGGAAGUGAAGCAAACUGAAUGGUUUUACAGACGUUGCAACAGAGACACUUGGAAGCUCCCAGUGCAGCAUGGUUAACGUUUCCACUCUGAACUGGUGUGGUUCUGACUUGGUGAGCGUCAGGACCGGCAGGUCCGGUGGGAGGAGGCGUCCCUGAGGACCUCCGGAAUAUUAAAAGCAGAAGUUGGGUCAAACCUGUAGGAUGUCUGCAGUCCUGAAUAAACGCAGAGCCACGGCUACCUGGCCUCAGGAAAAUGCAGGACGAUGUCAGACGGGCUUUUGCUCCGAGAUAAUCGCCACCUCAACUCCGGGAAAUACGGGCCUUUGAAGAGACUUUAAAAAUCCUGGUAGGUUAGAAAAAAUGUAAUAAAACAAAACCAAAGACUGUUUCUUGGGCAAAAAGACUCAGAAUAUUAAUUAAUUUGAGUGUGAAGUGAACUUAAAAUGAAUUAAAAACAGUUUGACCACACUGGAUUUUACUGGUAAAUCAAAAUUUACGCUGGUAAUUUUAUGCUAUAAAUGUGUAACAGGGUUUUAUUUUAAAGUUAUUACAGAUGUGAAGUUUGUUAAAAUGGAUUUAUUUAUUCUUUGAAUUCCUUGUGUUAGGUCUCCUGAUAUUUAUCGGCGUUUUGUUACGCUGCCUCUAGGCAGUUAGUGGUUACCAUAGCAACCGGUAACCGACAGCUCCGCCCCCUUUUCCUUUGCCAUCAGUAACUAUGGUCUGUGUCAGGAUCAGCUGUUUUAUUCACAAAUAUUAUAUUUUGUCUGACAAAUUCCGAUGAGUCCAGGGUUUCAUGUGUAAAUUUGCCAUGUUUUGUUUGUUUUUCACUGUUAACAUUAUUAAUGUUGUGCAUUUUAUGUGGUUAAUUUUAUAACUGUUAACUUCUGUCAACUCUUCAUUGGGAACCAUUGCUGUUUAUGGUUAUUUUUUGUAUUUUAUUUAAUGUAUAGGGCAGCGGUUCCCAAAGUGAGGGGCGCGCCCCCUAGUGGGGGCGCAGUGCCAUUGCAGGGCGGGGGGUGCGGUAAGCGGUAUGGAUGAAA